AUGGCUACGAAUGAACACAGGCGAGAGCCUCCCGAGGUGGAAGAAUUCAUCGAAAACGCCUUUCUCACAUACAUCAUUCCUAAGGCAACCAAUUUGAAUCUGGAGGAAGCUUUCAAGGACGUUGACGACACCCAAGCUCUAUUUGACUCCAUUGAGCGAAGGGAAAAUCUCUUCUUCGACGAAACGGUCGAUGUGCUUCUCGUGCUUAGGGCACCUCUUGUCGACGAAAAGACAUUGCGAUCUCACUUCAAUCGGCUAGCCAUCUCACUCGAAACCCAAAUCGUCAACAGUCACGCCGCAGAUCGGGACCACCCGUCGACAGACAUCAUCUUCCAAGGCACAAUCGAGGACACUUCGGAUCCGUUCAUCGUCGUUGAUGAACCUGACGAGGGAAGCGAGAACAGUAGCAAGGACGAGACCGAGACCGAUAACAAAGCAGAGGCCAGAAACAGGCCGUUGUAUAUCUACGCCGUCUGGAAGCUCCCUGUCUUCCUAGCUCGCCCUCGUAUCCGCCUUCAGGGCCCCUUUGCGGUGUUCAGCGCCUCCGCCGGCCUCAAGCCCGCCUCGGCAGCCGCGUCGGGGACCUCCACGCCGGAACGCACAGCAGGCCGCAAGAAUGGCGGUGCGUAUCUUCAGUCCGGAGUACCUUCGGGUCUCAAUCUCCUGGAACCAUUCAGCAGUGAUCCGGGCUUGGGCGGCGUCGUUCCACGACUUUCAGCCCUGCGCGUCUCCCGAGUUGCCCCAGUCACUCAGCCCAAGGACCAGACGCGACCCCUUCGCGCCCUCAACAGCAUUCGUGUGCGCAUCUUCCCGGCAGUUCAUACUCGCGUGCGAUUCUCCCGUCCAAACACAAUGCCCACUUCUCCAGCACUCAUCGCCCUCCUCGAAGUUGACUUCACAUCUUACUUCGACUGCCCCGUCGAGCUGACAAGCAUUCGCCUCUCGGUCGCAGAUGGCGGCAUGGUCGAGGACCUCAAUGCUUCAGACACCUCUGGUCUUUCUCUUCCCAUGUCUUGCGUGCCACACGACCACGUGACCUUCCUCUACCGCCUCUCGCCACCACAGCAGCUCGAUCUUCCGUCAUCCAAGAACCCAAGCCGCGAUCUCGAUAUCCACAUUGAGGCCAUCGUCCAGAGACAACCUGGCCUCUGUACUCCCCGCCUAACCAUGAACUGGUCCACAACCCUCGAUUUCACCCUCCCCGUUAACCCAGGCUUCAACGCGGCAAUGCAACCGAUGCAGCCCAUCCAGCGUUCACACCGGCCUUCCCAGCUCUCCAUCAACGGAAUAGAGGCGGCGCAGUCCCUGGUUGCACCGGCAGUCAGCAGACCCGACUCCCUUCCGUCUCUCGAAGCAGCGACACGCUCAAUCGAAGCACCUCUGCCGGAGCUGGGCAUCACCAUGACCUUUUGCGGUCCUGAAGGUCCCAUUUACACUGGCGAGGUCUUCUCAUGGACGGUCUUCGUUGUAAACCGUAGCGCAGAGAAGGCCAAUGUCCCGGCGGCCCCUCCACGCAAGCUGGCGCUCGUCGCGAUCCCGAAGCGCAGACGCAACGAGGUACGACUCAUGCGCCCGCCCUCAACCAGCGGUCGGGGCAAGACGGCAUCCGAUGCCAAGGAGCUCGCCGACGCGGUGCUUGACGAGAACGUACUUCACGCGAUGCAGCGGAACUCCGUCGUCGAAUCGACAGAGGUUGUUUGCCUGACCGCCGACUCUCGUGUUGGCCCUCUCGCUCCUGGCGCAUGCCACGUCGUGGAGAUCAAGUUCUUACCCCUGAAGGAGGGCAUCGUGGGCAUUGAAGCCGUCAGGGUCAUUGACCUUGGGUCUCAAGAGCACGUAGACGUGAGAGACCUGCCCAUCAUGUUCGUAGAGAAGCGACCGGAGGAACAAAAGACGGUAUAA